AUGGAGUUUGUGGAGUUCAUUAAGACUCCAAUGGUUAACAGUGUUGUUCUCCACCGACCUUUCACCCCAGAUAUGGAAGGCACAUUAUGUGUGACUGGUCAUCAUCUAAUAUUAUCUUCUCGCUGUGAGAACCAUGAGGAGCUUUGGCUACUCCAUGACAACAUUGACAGUGUUGAGAAGAAGCUCAGUGGAAGUGGUGGAACACUGACUCUCAAGUGCAAGAAUUUCCUCAUCCUGUACCUGGAUAUCCCAUCUGCUGAUGACUGUAUAAAUGUGGCUUCCUCCAUUGAGUCUUUGUCCAAUAUUGAUGAUAUAACACUAAGGUACCCAUUCUUCUUGAGACCAAUGUUUGAAGUACUAGAGAAUGGUUGGCAAGCCUUCAGCCCGGAGACAGAGUUUAACAGGUUCAAGGAGUGCUCUGAAGACUGGAGGAUUUCAUACGUCAAUAAGGAUUUCAAGGUCUGUUCUACAUAUCCACAAGCAUUGUUUGUUCCAAAGAGUGUGGAUGAUGAUACCAUCACUAAAGCUGCCGCCUUUAGACAUGGUGGGCGGUUUCCAGUUCUCAGCUACUACCACAAAGAUUCCAAGACAGUCCUCAUGAGAAGCAGUCAACCUCUUACUGGGCCCAAUGGGAAACGAUGCAAGGAGGAUGAACGACUGGUCAAUUCUGUCAUGGGAAUGGGGAAACGUGGGUACAUUAUCGACACACGAGCCCAAAGUGUGGCUAAAGUGGCACAGAGUAAAGGUGGAGGAUACGAGCUAGAGGCCCACUACCCACAGUGGAGAAGGAUACAUCAGCCCAUCGAACGUAGACAGUCCUUCCAUGAUUCUCUCAUCAAAAUGAUAGAAGCCUGCAAUGACAGUAACAGCAGUAUGGAUAAAUGGUUAUCCAAGCUGGAGUCAAGCAACUGGCUUACACAUGUCAAGGACAUUCUGACAACUGCCUGUGUUGUAGCCCAGAGCAUGGACAAAGAUGGUGUUUCAGUAUUGGUGCAUGGUUCCGAAGGGCUGGAUACAACACUUUUGGUCUCUUCACUUUCCCAGAUUAUUCUAGACCAUGACUGCCGCACAGUCACUGGAUUUGAGGCUUUGAUAGAGAGGGAGUGGAUACAAGCCGGUCACCCUUUCCGUAUACGAUGUAACAAAUCAGCAUAUGCUAUAACCAAACAGAGAAUGGAGUCUCCAGUAUUCUUGCUCUUCAUUGACUGUGUAUGGCAGAUUUGGCAACAGUUUCCAUGCUCUUUUGAGUUCAGUGAGCGGUUUCUUGUUAUCCUUUUUCAACACGCCUACUCUUCAAAUUUUGGUACAUUCCUGUGUAAUAAUGAGGCAGAGAGACACAAGUGUAAAGUAGCAGAGAGGACAGUCUCACUGUGGUCUUUUCUGAAUCGACCAGAAGUUUUGCAAGAUUUUAUGAAUCCGAUGUAUGAGCCAAACCAGACAGUUAUUUGGCCUUCAGUGGCUCCACAGAGUUUGACUGUGUGGACUGGGCUGUAUCUUCGGGGUGUCAUCAACCAGGCUCCUCAGGAAGAAGCUUGGCAAGAAAUUUACAAGAUUAGAGAAUAUGACAAAGAACUGAGGUCUAAGGUCAGCAAGCUACGGCGACAGCUGGCAUCAUUAGAAAGAGAGGCCAUUUCCCAUGGAGUUCUCACCACACCCUUGUCAUACACGGGCGAAAAGGCAUCAGUGGAAAACAGUUAA